AUGGGUGUUUUGGCAUUGCUGGCCUUGAUCCUCUCAAUGCUGCAGAUGAAUGAGGGAACUGUCACUGAAACCUCGACCUUCACUGCGACCUCGUCAUCGUCGACGUCUGAGAGCACCACGAGUACCACGAGUACCACCAGCACCACCAGCUCAGCAACUGGAACCAACACCACCUCAUCUACUGCGACAACAUCCUCCACAACACAUACCUUCACGACCAGUACGACUGCAACGAGCUCUUUGACCAGCAGCACCAGCAGCACACAAACCUCGACCACCACCACAGUGAGCUCAAGCACCUUCACGACCACGUCUUUGGCACCUGUACUGCCUCGCUUGACAUUGAUUCUGGAGUUCGCGCCUGACACUGCGGCUGCCAACCAGACCUGUGACACCUCGAUCUGCAGUGAAGUGCAGGUCCCUGCAGGUGUGGAGGUGAUGAACUUUCGGCUCCAAGCUGACAGCUACACCUGGGGUACUGCACCCCAUCUCCUUUUGGGCCAAGCCACUCCUGCCUUGGACGCCCAAGCUGCUCGCCGCGGCGACUGUAGCAGCGCUGCGACCGCGGCGGUGGGCCGCGUGGCAGAGCCCUGGCCCAGCGGCGCAGUGGCCGUGGCAGCUGGGGCAGAUCUGGUGCCAGAGGCACCGCUGGUCUUUCGCGAUGGGGGUGCCUUCGCACUGUGCUAUGCCAAGAAUGGAGACUUCGGGGUCAUCGGCGAGGUGGACUUGGUGCCUGUGACGGUUUUGGUCUUAGGUGCCUAUGACUGGGAUUGCGCUGAUCCCUCAUCCCCUUGCUUGCCGAAUCGUGUACAGUAUUGCUACGUACUUCCAGGUGCAUAUAGCCCGCCAGAGGCCUGCGAGGUGUCUUUCAACUGGGAUGAUCAGCCCAUGGAAGUUCAAGGAUUGUUAGGCACAGCCAGCGAAAUGAAGAUCUCCUGGUCCGCAUCAUGGCCGGUUACAGUGAGUGAUGGGAUCAUUCUCUUGAUGGAGCCUUUAAACUGCACGUCUCUACAGCCAGCAGAUUUCUUGUGUUUGGAUGGUUUGCGCUGUGACCAUGGGGAUUAUUUUGUUGAUCUCAACGAGAAUGGGUCCAGCUGGUUGCCACGUGCGCGUGUUUCGAGCAUUGAUGCUGACCUCGCCCACAGCAUCACCUUGUGCCUUUGUCCCAUGGGAAGCUGCUUGGAAUCCAAUUUCUUUACCCAGCAGGUGGGCAUCGUCCACUUCUUUGCUGCCAGUCUUUGCCUGCCAAAUCGAAGUGAUGAGAGCUGUGUGGGCUCCUUCUCAUCCAUGGUGGCCUCCUAUCCAAUGAGGUUGAAGAUCUUUUGCCCCAGCGGUCUUUGUGGCGAGUCUUCCAGGAUGAAGCUGGUGUCGCCCAGCGAGAAUUUGCCCAGCUGGGACCCAGCAAAUGGAUGUGCAGAACAGCAGAGUCUAUUGCAGAGCUCCCCUGAGAACUGCAUAAAUCCUCAAACCUGUGUCUUGUCGGGCGGAUUCCGCCAAGAUUUUCAAGUCUAUGGUGGACCUGAAGGUCUACGCUUCCUCGCAGAUCGAACGAUUCAUGGUCAGAGGUCCUUCCAAUCCCUGCAGCCUUUGGACAUUUGCUUUUGUUUGAGCAACUGCCGAUCAGAGCUUUCACCGAGCUAUUUCAAGGUGGGGCAGAUGUCACUGGUGCCCUUGCGGUUGAUGGCCUCAGCACUCUCCUUACAAGUCGCACGGCGUGAAGGAGGUGUUCUGGGGCUGUCCACGGGAAAUCAGAGCCUGGAAGCAUUUCUGCCGAUCGUAGAAGGCCAGCUUCCGGCCGGUGCACAUGGCGAUGUUUGGGUCAAAGUGCUAGGAGACAAUAACUUGGCCCUCCAGGAUGAGGAUUGUGCAUCUGUCCCCUACUCCGUGUAUUACGAGGAUUCUUCCUCAGAGCAUUUCAACCUCCUCUCCUUACGUGGCAACAUCUCCGUGUCCGAAGCGGAGGUGCAGUCCUUCUUUCGGGUCACACGGGAGGGCACUCACGCUGAGAUCCUUUUGAACCGCUCGGACUACUCCUUGACCCUUCAACGUCCGGGCCGUGUGGCGGUUUGCUACUGUGGCCACUCCUGCGGAGCCGUGCACCUCUGGCGGCUCUUGCUGCACUUCACGGUGCGGGGACCAUCCGGAGCACAGGUCUGGGCAGUGAGUGAAGGGGUGCUGUUUGCAUUGGAGAUCUUUGGUUGGGGCUUCACGAAGAGCGAUCAGAUCCAAGUGCUGCGAUCCGGAAGUUCAUGUGCAAGCUCCGAGCUAGAAGGCUCCAUUAUGCAAGGGUGUCCCGGGAACUGCCAGCCUCAGAACGAGACUGAAGAGGAGAUCACUUUAGAUGUGCUCAGCUCAGAAACAAUGCCUUGCGGUGGACCUGCACAAGACCUCGGAGAAUGCCCGCCCUUUCGGGUGGAACGUGUGCGUGUCCUGGCAUCCUCUGGUCAAGCGGAGAUCUCCUUUGGCGCCACCGUUCCACUGCUCCAGCCGGACGAUGUGCUGAGCCUCGGAGCGCAGGUGGGCUGCAGUGCCAGCAGCACGGCAGCGGGCAUGUGCAGUGUGGAGGAUGAGGAAGAACUCAGAGGCGUCUCUGAAGCUGAAGGUUUGUCUGAGAGCAUGAAUCCACCCUUCACAGACUUCUCUGGCAGCUCACAUUAUUUGGUGGGGAGGAGCUUGGUGGUGAGCCCAGAUCCCAGAAGUUUCAAGCUGGAUGUCUAUUGGCCUUUGACGCGCUUGCCGGAGUUCACGAUCCAGCCCGGUGGUCUUCAGUGGACACGGCACAGUCGCGGCGAGACGAAAGCGGAACUGAAAGCGGAGACGACAGCUGCGGACGCGGAAGACUUGCCGGUGUGCUGGACGCCUUUUGCAGGCGGCCCAGCGCUGCAGGCGGGCCAUUUGAGGAUCCUUCCGGUGGCGGAAUUGCAAGGCCAAGUCUAUCUCACAGCCAAAGGACGCCACCAGAUCGCCCCUGUGCUUUUGAGUUUCCAAACUGGCCUACUGGAUGGCCUUCCAAGUGGAGCGAGAAACCAGCUACGCCUCGAGUUUCCCAGCAGUGCCUUACUGGGCCUUCGGCGGAGCACAGACGAUGUGGAGUUGACGGAGAUCCCUGGACUGGCCUCAGCAGAGAACGCGGUGCAGCAAUGGUGUGGCUUCCUCUUCAAGGAGAUGUGGUCGGACGAUGCGGAUGGCUUUCCCAUGCCCGACGGGUGCUAUUUGCAGCGACCGAGCAACACAUCCUGGACUUUGGGUUUAGUGUUUUCCACAGCGCAACUGAAACCACAGCGGCUGUAUCACCUGGUCCUGAACGGCGUUUUGGGCGAUGCGGCUCGCAGCUUGGGGCAAGAAGUGCUUCGACUUAGAGUCAUGGACGACCUUCAGUCCAACCCUUUCCAUGCCAUCGAAGCCGGUCCCGGGCUGCUGCGAAGUGCCCCCCAGGAGCCGGCCUCCGCAUUUGGAGAGCCAGACCUGCUGAGCUGCAGGGUACUCGGAGGUGACGACGGUGUUCUGGAGCUGGACGAGUUUUCAGCGCUCCGCGUGAGGCUCACCGCGGGCAGCGCUCUACGUGCCAUCCGCGGGUCGAGCUACAUGCGGAUCUACCUGUGGCCGCUUUUGAGUUGGCGCCUGGGCUCUGGGCGUUGCCAAGCCCAAACACUGUGCACCACGGCCACGUCUGGCGCUGACGUCAGCGACACCUGCGGUGAAGCGACGUGCGAGACCUUCGCCCUGGACGGUGAGACGACGCGGGCGGCAGCAUGCAGAGAACGGCGUUUCCACUUCAAGGGUGCGAGACGUGCUUUCUAA